UCUACUUCUUUCAGUGUGGUUUUAUCCAAAAGAACUUUUCCACAUCUCGUUGGAAAAAUCCAGAAAUGUCCGUAAUAAAUUCCGAAUGAAGUGGAAUAUUCCUUUAAUUCUCCAAAAUAGUAUCCCGUUAAAUAGGCCAGCAAAAGGAACGGCGUGAAGUUGAAAACAUUGAAGCGGAAGAAAUCGACGCGCCAUGACUCGCUUUUGCGCGCGAGGGAACGUUUACGAGCCGAGUUCUCCCCGAACGAUGCGUUUCGUCCGUUCCGAGUGGCAGUUCAAUAACGACGAGGGUGCUUACAAAUAAUACAACCUAUGACGUCUGGCAUUAUUUCAGGCCCCGUUGGAGCUCCCGUGGACGUGAAAUUAACGUGAUAAUAGAAAAUCGGAAGAGUCGCGUCCAGUGAUCUGGAGCGCUGAGAGGCCGUCACUCUAGAACGAAGGUAUUUAUCCGAAACCGUCAAUUCCACCUCUGGCACGGACUACUCGGAUAAUAUCGGUCGUCGAGGGCCCGAAUAACCUGUGUUCGCAUUGGGGAUGUCGAGACGGCAUUCCAAGAGAGCGCCCUUUCUUCGGAGAGUCCAUCCGACCAGUCAAAACUCAAAGACCACAACAGGAAAUGUCUUACAAUGAUGGCGGGCGCUCUAUACGAAAAUCCGGCAGCAAGUCACCGAAGAAGCUGCGUGUGACGAAGGGGGAGAACAGUGACAAGGCCACUACGACGAUAAGCUACGGUCAUCACCACGGACACAGAUACAUCGAGCAUCCUCAGCCAUCCGUGCAUAAACGCAAUUUGUACAUCGUCUCGUUUCCUUUGAUACUUCUGUUCAACAUACUUAGAACUUUGUUAUAUCAGCUGUUUGUGGUCUUCAAAUACCUUUAUACGUCUAUGUCGCGGUUAAUUCAGCGGAGACAAGCUGCGAGAAGCGCCUGUCAAUUAGAGAUCGUUGUCGGUCAAGAGACCUCGGCGACCCUGUUAGGGGUGACGAGUGGUCGUUUAGAAAACGCGGAGAUGUCGCAGAUACCGAGAAGACACGCUAGUCCUGGUCCCGGGGAUCCAUUGCUAGCCAAGCAGAAGCAUCAUCAUCGGAGAGCGUUUGAAUUUAUCAGUAAGGCUCUAAAAAUCGAUGAAGAAAAUGAAGGUCAAAAGGAAAUGGCUAUUGAAUUAUAUAAAAAAGGAAUUGGAGAGCUAGAAAAGGGAAUCGCGGUGGAAUGCACUGGUGGUCGAGGAGAAGUUUGGGAACGAGCUCAGAGGCUUCGCGACAAGAUGCGCACCAACUUAGUCAUGGCCAAGGAUAGACUCGAUUUUCUGGCGAGUAUGUGCGAAUUGAAAAACCUGGAACUUACGGACGAAAAUCAAGGGACCGGGAACUGUAAGGAAGAGGAUCGACCAGGAAAUUAUCCAACAGCCAGGCGCAACUUACGCACCGCUCGAUCUAAUCAACUUAUCACACAUACAAAUCACAAUAAACACAAAAAUAAUUCACAGACAAUGGACACAAGCCACAAUACAUACUCACAAGUACCUAAGCCUACGCAAAGAUCACGAUCGCCAAAAAGCUAUUAUGCUCGUGCUCCUGAAGCAUCUGGAAGGAAACUUGCAGUACCUGGAAAGCGAAUAGCAGCUCCGAUCAAACCAUGUUCCACCCCCCCUGCGGUCAAAAGGCAGCUGUCAGUGCCAGGAAAUGGAUCACCGAUACGAAGGCCAGGAACUCCGAAUACUACUAACAGCAACCGGGGUACACCUACAAAAAAGGCGCCUGUGCUUAAAGGUGUUGAUCCAAAACUUGCCCAAGUGAUACUCGAUGAAAUUUUAGAAGGUGGAACUGCGGUUCAGUGGGAAGAUAUCGCUGGACAGGAAACUGCAAAACAGGCGCUACAGGAGAUGGUGAUCUUGCCUUCCCUUCGGCCAGAAUUAUUUACAGGUUUACGUACACCUGCUAGAGGUCUCUUACUUUUCGGUCCACCUGGGAACGGCAAGACUUUGUUAGCACGCGCGGUGGCGACGCAGUGUCACGCUACAUUCUUUUCCAUAUCUGCAGCCAGUUUGACAUCAAAAUAUGUAGGAGAAGGAGAGAAAUUAGUGCGAGCUCUUUUUGCAAUUGCUCGAGAGCUACAACCAUCUGUAAUAUUUAUAGACGAAGUAGAUUCGUUGUUGAGUGAACGCAGAGACAAUGAGCACGAGGCAUCAAGGAGAUUAAAAACGGAAUUCCUUGUCGAGUUUGAUGGUCUGCCGUGCAAUCCUGAGGAACGUGUCUUAGUUAUGGCUGCUACGAACAGACCGCAGGAACUGGAUGAAGCUGCUCUCAGAAGAUUCACAAAACGAGUCUAUGUUACAUUACCAGACAUGCAGACAAGAGUAAUGCUAUUAACGCGACUGCUGGGAAAACACAAUGACCCCUUGACAAACGAAGAGUUGAAUCACAUGGCCAUGUUAACGGACGGUUAUUCCGGAAGUGACUUGACUGGUUUAGCAAAAGAUGCAGCCCUAGGACCUAUUAGAGAGCUCAAUCCUGAACAAGUGAAGGAACUGGAUUUAAAUUCAGUGCGCAACAUAACAAUGCAGGACUUCCUUGAGUCUUUGAAAAGAAUUCGCAGGUCGGUGUCACCGGCAAGUCUUGCAGCUUACCAAAAAUGGAGCCUCGAGUAUGGAGAUGUGAGCCUCUGAUUGAUAAAGUGCCCACGCAAUGGGCUUAUUGUUUAGUCACAUUCCUUGAUUUCCGCGCACGUGAUCAGUGCUUAAAGAUCAUCGUUACAAUCAGUAGGUGCCGUAAAACACUGUGGAAUUAUAGGUUACGGUGCUACCGAUAACGAAGUGACGAUAUGCGUUUAGCUGCUUUUGCACGUGCAGGUUCGAAUGUCAAAGUGGUCUAACAAAAGAGAUGGAGAAUAGUUAAUUAAGGAGAUCCGAUUAUAAACACGAAUGUGUUCGCAAGUUUUGCUUUAUAAUGUCUCCUAGGAGUGUUACAGCGAUGUCAUUGUUAAAGUUCAAGUUAUCGUGUUAUAUACCAGUGCUCUAAGUUACUCCGAGCUUUUGGCGUUGGUUCGGUGCAUCACCCUGAACCAACGUCACAUAAUUACCACAAGACGUGCUACACCUUGUUUUCGUUUAUGUUUUCAAAGGAAUAAAAAAAACGUAGUUAUUUAGUCGAUAUAUAAAAUAAGACCGAGAAUACGUGAAACAACGGACAUUCCACGUUUUGUCCUGGAUUUUAAAUCUGAACUCCUUUUGUCGGUUUUAGGGCUAGCACGGUUACACGAUUGAAAGCUUCCAAAUAAUUAGAUCGUUGCAUAAAAUGCCUCCGUACACCAUUUCCAUUAUUUGGAGAAGAGUCGAAUUUCAAUAGAGAUAUUCUACACGAUAACAGUAGCUUCCUGGUCAGUUCUAUGUAUUUGGAGGACCUAGUGAAUGUUUUAUUUGCAAGUAUAACUCCACACGUCCAAGAAGAUAAUAAGUAAAUAGAGGAUUACGGAGCCAUUGUAUCGAGAUUAUACACUACGAUAAGAACGCUAAAAUAUAGCCGUCGAUGUCGUGGAAGUGAGCGCAUUAAAGUGCAUGUAAUAUGACUUGAGAAUUCGUGAAGUGAUCGAAGUUUGUAUCGUAAUACUCUUAAUCAAGUAUAUGUAUGAGCAGCGAAGUAGCUUUGUUCAUUUGUACAAGUUUAACGAAUGCAUAAGUUAGUAUCGAUUAGAGAAAUUCAGUAAACAGUGAAUACGUAUACACACCGUGUACGGUGUUAGUGUUGAAAGUCUUAAUUAAGAGUGGCACGAGCCAUUAAAAUUAUCAACUUUUAACAGUUUGUGCAUAAAUUGGCGUCUUUCUUUGGGUUAAUCAUCGCAGAACUUUUUGAGCAUUGCUUCGGUAUUUGUAUCGGCUAGAUGUAACCAUGGAAAGGAACGAACACAAAGCUCUAAGCUCAACUAGGUAAUCGAGACUGCUCGAUACAAGGGAAUAGCUCACAUUUACAAGAUGAAACUACUCGAUGAGGAAAGUUUGCUUUCUGACGUAUUGUGAGAGACAACGAAUACAGAGUGGGAAUCGGACUGAAAAUGAAAACACGCUCAGUAUAAUUUUAACGGCAGUCAUAAGAAACCGAACGCGCUGAACGUGCUUUCAAAGCAUUUAAUAUGAAUUUACAACUGCUCCGAUUAUUUGUUAUAUAAUUGUACUCGAUCGGUAUAAAAAGGUUCGUGAUGUGUGCCGUUUUGGGCAACUGACGACGCUCGAAUUUUUGACCGCACAUUGUUGCACUUUUUUGGCAGCUGGCUGAUACCGAUAACAAUGAAUUAAUGCUAUUGCAGUGCAAGGACACGAUAACAAUGUAUAUCCACAUUAUUUCUCACUUGCACGUGAAACGCCGUUUCUUUGUGAUGGUUAAGUUUAAUUUCCUUCAUCUAAUAAUAAUUCGCCACUGUGAUAAUAACAUUUAAGGGACCGCGGUCCCACUAGUUUCAAAUUGUUUCCAUCGAUACGAUCCAUUGUAUUAGUUAAACAUCUAAUCAAAAUUGUUACGUGUCGGAAGCAUGCAAUAUUUAAUCUCUGCAAUAAUCGACACCGCUAAAAGGUACGAUUUAAGCUUUUAAAAAGCUUUGAUAGGUUAUGUACAUAAAUCGACCUCGUUUAUUUCUAAUUGCAGCGUACACUUUACGUAAUAAUUAUAAACACACUACCGCAAUGCAUUAAAACGCGAGAAUAAUCAGCAACGUCGCCAGCCUCUGCAGCAAAAAAUGUGUUCUUUGUACUUUAUGGCUAACCCGACUUAAUACUCACGGCGCGAGAAAGUACCUGCCUCCUGGAAAUACCCUUUAUGUAUGUACUUGUACACAUCGAAUCACUCUCAUGGCGAUUUUCAAUUUUGCAUCAUCCACUGUAAAGAAUAUAAAUAGCAUUAUACACGGA